GAGUCAUUACAGAGCUUUGAAAUAUUAGACAAAUGUAUGGACAGGGAUGACAGGUGGAAAUAGACAGGCAUGUUUUGUACAGGGACUGCCACGUGCAGGCCUGACGGCUUCCUGCACCAACCCUUGUGUUCUUGUGUGCUGCUGCUGCUGCUGCUGCUGCUGCUGCUGCAAAAUCUCUUCCUAUUAAUCCCUUUCUUUGCUGUGAAUGCUUGUGGAGGUUUUACACAUUGCUUUUAGUGCUGCGAAGUGUUGACUGUCGCUGUGAAAGGGUUGAAAGGUUAAUGAUCCUGGGAGGCAAAGAAAACUGCUGGUCUGUGCAUCAAUAGCCGUGGUGUUCUGAUGGUCUGCCUUCUUCAUCACUUCUCACCAAAACAAGAAAACAACAAAACUUGAUUGAAAAACAAGCCACAGAGACAGGCAGAGCGGGUGGGAGUGCAGGGGAGAGGGAGAGAGGACGGUGUGGGAGACAAGACAGAUAUGAAGAGAGAUGAUACUUAACAUUGCAUCUCUUGCUAUUCAAAGCUAGGUGAGUGUGUUGAAGCCUCCCUCCUGAAAGAGUUCAAGUCACCGGCAGGGGGAAACAGCAGCAGGCAGGGAGUUCAGGAGUGUGCCAGUAAAGGGGAUGAGAGACUGAGAAUACUGGUUAACUCUUGCAUCAGGGAGGUGGACAGAAUAGUGGUGAAAGACUGAGAAUACUGGUUAACUCUUGCAUCAGGGAGGUGGACAGAAUAGUGGUGAAAGAUUGAGAAUACUGGUUAACUCUUGCAUCAAGGAGGUGGACAGAAUAGUGGUGAAAGAUUGAGAAUACUGGUUAACUCUUGCAUCAGAGAGGUGGACAGAAUAGUGGUGAAAGAUUGAGAAUAUUGGUUAACUCAUCAGGGAGGUGGACAGAAUAGUGGUGAAAGAUUGAGAAUACUGGUUAACUCAUCAGGGAGGUGGACAGAAUAGUGGUGAAAGAUUGAGAAUACUGGUUAACUCUUGCAUCAAGGAGGUGGACAGAAUAUUGGUGAAAGAUUGAGAAUACUGGUUAACUCUUGCAUCAGGGAGGUAGAUAGAAUAGUGGUGAAAGAUUGAGAAUACUGGUUAACUCUUGCAUCAAGGAGGUGGACAGAAUAGUGGUGAAAGAUUGAGAAUACUGGUUAAAUCUUGCAUUAGGGAGGUGGACAGAAUAGUGGUGAAAGAUUGAGAAGACUGGUUAACUCUUGCAUCAGGGAGGUGGACAGAAUAGUGGUGAAAGAUUGAGAAUACUGGUUAACUCUUGCAUCAGGGAGGUGGACAGAAUAGUGGUGAAAGAUUGAGAAUAAUGGUUAACUCUUGCAUCAGGGAGGUGGACAGAAUAGUGGUAAAAGAUUGAGAAUACUGGUUAACUCUUGCAUCAGAGAGGUGGACAGAAUAGUGAUGAAAGAUUGAGAAUGCUGGUUAACUCUUGCAUCAGGGUGGAGACAAUAGUGGUGAGAAAGUAAGGCCUCUUAUCAAAUUAUAUUGAGAUUUUUUGGCCAAAUAGUUAGGAGUAUAUAAAAUUUCAAUAAAAUUGCUAGCAAGAUCUGCCCCCAAGCUUGAAAGAGGCAGAGACAGCAAGGAAGUGGUUCUCAGAGUGGGGUGUGACGAAUAGACUGCAUCAGUAGUCAGUAGGGAGCUGUGAAAGAAGACUGCAGCAGUGUGUGGACAGAGAUGGCAGGUGGAAAUAGAUAGGCGUGUUUUGUACAGGGACUGCCACUUGUAGGUGUGAUGGCUUCCUGCACCAGCUCUUGUGUUCUUGUGUACUACUGCUGUUUGGAAGGCUCUGCAAUGGUGCCACCUUAAGUCCACUGCAAAACACUUGUUCUCCAAUGUACGAUAAUGCACCAAGGUCCUUAAGAAUGGCAUUUAUUGAUUUUAUGAUUAUGAUUAUUAUUAUUAUUUUUUUUUUUUACAGUGUCUCUCUUACAUAGAAAUACAAUAAUAAAAAGUGCAAUAUAUUUUUUGGAGGUGGUUUGUUAUUUGGUAACUUUGUUUUUUGCGUUUAAUGACAAAUUAAGUUGGUGGCAAGAGGAGUAGACAUUUCAAGUUACCCUCCAUUUCCACCCAUGGCUUGCUGGUUCUCUAACACUUGGUCAAAAUUUAUGAAUCAUUAAUAAAUGAUUCAAAGGUUAGGAGGAGAAAGUGGAGAUUGAGGCAUGUAGCAUGGGAGAAUUUCCAGGUAGACUUGAGUGAAAGUGUGAGGAGGGAAGCCUGAAUGGCGUGGAUGAAAUGAACGACAGACAGGAUGCCGCAGCCAGCCAGCCAGACAGGGUACGUGAGAACGAGUGCCGGGAAGCGUGCAUGUAAGCCGUGGUGGAGUGACGAGAUUAGGGAUGCUGGAAAGGAAGGAAAGAGACUAAAUAGGGUGUGCAGGCAGUUGAGAAAGAGGAGGCGGAGAGUGAGCACCAGAAUGCACGGACAGCGUGUGUGAGUCAGCAGCAAGUGACGAAGCGAAAGGUAAUGAAUGCCAAAGUUAGGUGUGAGAGAAGUGUGCUUCAGUCCCUAAGAGAGAAAGGUGUUUGUUACUGUAUGUAAAGCGUAUGUACCUCACGUCAUUAUUCCUCGGCAUUUAUAAGUGAAAUGUUCAAUAGUUUUCUAUUUCCAUGAAAACGUGUAAUAUGUGUAAGUAUCAGUAUUUAAUGCUAUAUUAAGCACCAAAGCCGAUGCUCACUUGUUAGUAGUGUGGGGUUAACCUGCUAGUCGCCUGCGGGCAUCACUCACGGCCAAGUCGCGCUCAGACAAAGACAGGCAGGAUGGUGACCGAGGUAAAUACUUUAAUUUUGUAGUUAAAACUGAUUGUCAUAGUGCCAAGUUAAUUGCAUGUAUUGUUAAUGAAUAUUGUAAUAUGUUGAAAGCGUUUAAUAUCCGUGCAUAAUGUUAUUUUGUAAGAAAUUGAGACCGAGAACUUGUUCGCAGUUCUUACGGUCAUGCCUACCUCAUCAAUAAACGUGUCAGGGAGAACUGCCUUUCCUCGACCCUACGAUGAUGGGUGUGAUCAGUAAAACAGAUCACCUGAGAGCCAAUUAAUGCCCAGCCGGUGCGGCUACACAGAUGAUGUAGUUCUUAUGAGUGAAUCGGCAGAUGAGCUUCAAAGUUUGUUGGAUGUAGUGGAUGGCUAUGGUAAAGACUUUGGAGUAAGGUUUAGCAGUGAGGAAAGCAAAGUAAUGAUUGUGAAUAGGUCAGAGGAUGAAAGUAAUGUGGUAUGGAGACUUGGAGAGAAUGAGUUGAGACAGGUGCAAGAAUACAAGUACUUAGGGAUGUGGAUGAGUCCUAGUGGGUGUGCAAAGGCAAAGAAUGAAAAGAUAAGUAUGGUAAACCAGUGGGUAGGUCGAUUGGGAAGCGCGGCAAGGAUGAGAGCAAGUAAGUAUGAUGUGUUGAGAGAAGUGUGGAAGAGUGUGGCUGUGCCAUGUAUAAUUAUAAUGUAUGGUAUGGAUGUGAUUCCAUGCAAUGAAAGUGAAAUUGAUAAGUUAGAAGUGGGCCAGAAUAGAGUAGCAAGGAUGGCACUGAGUGCACCGAGGUGCACAGCAGUUGAAGCCUUGAGAGGUGACAUGGGAUGGAGCACCUUUAGAGAAAGACUGACAAAAGCCACACUUAGGUACAAGAUUAGGUUUGAGAGAAUGGAUGAUGCAAAAAUAUCAAGGAAGGUGUACCUGUGGAAUGAAAGUGGAAGCAAAUGGAGGAAGAGAUGCAUGAGAAUGACCGAUAGGAAUGGAUUGCAAGUUGUGUGGGCGAUAAGAAUGGCUGGGAGGAAUCAAAAUGAGCGUGAAUGGGUGGUAACAAGAGGAGGCAGAGUGGGAGCCGAAUGGGAUGUGAGAAAAUGGAAGAAUGAGAUAGACAAAGAAGUGAAAUGUGUGGGACUGAAUGAAUGGAAGAAUGAAAUGGAAAGAAAGAAGACCCUGGAAUGGUACAAGGAGAAAGAGGCCCCGAGGUAUGAAAGGUGGUAUGAUGGAAGCCUGGGCGGUGAUCUUCUCUUUCGAGCGAGGGCACAGUGUAUGGAUGUGAAUGCAAGGAGUUACAGGUGGUCUGAGUCCCGCAGCAAAGUGUGCCAGAUGUGUGACAUGGGAGAGGAUGAGACGGUGGAACAUGUGGUGCUGGAGUGUGUGAAGUAUGCCAGAGACAGGAAUGAGAUAAUGCAAGUGAUACUGACUGAGUUAGGGCAUGAUAGGAAUGAAAGAGUGGAGAAGAUAGGUAAGGAAUGGAUGGUGUUGUUGCUGGGACUGUGUAGAGAGGCGAAUGAAAGGAUGAUUGAGGCGGUGAAAGAGUUUCUGGAGAGAAUGUGGCGUGCCAGGUGUAUGAACAAUUAGGAUAGAGGAUGCUGUUCGUUUCUCUCUUUUUUUUUUUUUCCCCCUUCUACAGGAGUUGCCGAUCCAAAGGCCUGGCUCAGGAGUGAUCCUGUGCCACCUGUACCAUCAAGAUCAAGAUCAAGAUCUGGCGCCAAGUUACUUGUGUGUUUUGUUGUCUGUGUCUGUUGGAGCGUCCGCGUGCUGCGUGGUGGUCAGUGGUCAGGUCACGCUGAGUGUGCGGCAGCUUGCGCCUGUGUCUGAGCUGGCCUGGGUCACCUGUGGUCACCUGUCCACUCUGUGUCUGGUGGAGGGAACAGACAAGACGUCAGCGUGGUGGUCAGUGGUCAGGUCACGCUGAGUGUGCGGCAGCUUGCGCCUGUGUCUGAGCUGGCCUGGGUCACCUGUGGUCACGUGCGGAGUGGCGGCGCCUCUCUGGGCUCACCUGAGGGCGUGCAGGAGAACAGACGCGGUGAAAGAGCAAGGCCAGACUGGCAAGUCCUCCUGUCCAUUGUGCCCCAGAGCCUCUCAGAUCAGUGGCUGGCAAGUCCUCCCAUCCUCUCUGCCCCAGAGCCUCUCAGGUGCAAGGUCAGUGUGCAUCCUUGGUGCAGCCCCAGGGUUCCUGCAGGACCAGCCACGGCCAGGAGCAGCAUUGCAAUGGAGCGUGCAAGGCCAGGCAGCAGCAGCAGCAGCAGCAGCAGUAGUAGUAACAGCCUGGAGCAGCAGGUGACCCAAGGCGGGAGGACCUACACUUGUGACCACUGUGGCAAAGUGUGCUCCACCAAGGCUGCCAUUGCCAGACACGUCCUCUCCCAUGCCAGCAAGACAAGGCUGAGAGGCAGGAGUGGCCCCGCUGAACACACUGCCACCCACACUGGUGGCAGGAACCACAAGUGUGACCUCUGCAGGAAGACAUUUGUCCGGAAGAGUCAUCUUGCAUCACACAUCCUCACCCACACUGGGGAGAGACAGUUCCAAUGCCUGGAGUGUGGGAAAAGAUUUAUCCAGAAAGGUGAUCUUGACAGACACAUCCUCACCCACACUGGGGAGAGAAAGUUCCAGUGCCUGGAGUGUGGGAAAAGAUUUACCCAGAAGGGUUCCCUUAACACACACAUCCUCACCCACACUGGGGAGAGAAAGUUCCAGUGCCUGGAGUGUGGGAAAAGAUUUACCCGGAAGGGUUCCCUUAACAGACACAUCCUCACCCACACUGGGGAGAGAAAGUUCCAGUGCUUGGAGUGUGGGAAAAGAUUUACCCGGAAGGGUUCCCUUAACACACACAUCCUCAACCACACUGGGGAGAGAAAGUUCCAGUGCCUGGAGUGUGGGAAAAAAUUUACCCAGAAAAGUGAUCUUAACACACACAUCCUCAUCCACACUGGGGAGAGAAAGUUCCAGUGCCUGGAGUGUGGGAAAAGAUUUACCCAGGAGAGUCAUCUUAACACACACAUCCUUACCCACACUGGGGAGAGAAAGUUCCAGUGCCUGGAGUGUGGGAAAAGAUUUACCCAGAAGGGUUCCCUUAACACACACAUCCUCACCCACACUGGGGAGAGAAAGUUCCAGUGCCUGGAGUGUGGGAAAAGAUUUACCCGGAAGGGUUCCCUUAACAGACACAUCCUCACCCACACUGGGGAGAGAAAGUUCCAGUGCUUGGAGUGUGGGAAAAGAUUUACCCGGAAGGGUUCCCUUAACACACACAUCCUCAACCACACUGGGGAGAGAAAGUUCCAGUGCCUGGAGUGUGGGAAAAAAUUUACCCAGAAAAGUGAUCUUAACACACACAUCCUCAUCCACACUGGGGAGAGAAAGUUCCAGUGCCUGGAGUGUGGGAAAAGAUUUACCCGGAAGGUUUCCCUUAACACACACAUCCUCACCCACAAUGGGGAGAGAAAGUUCCAGUGCCUGGAGUGUGGGAAAAGAUUUACCCGGAAGGGUUCCCUUAACACACACAUCCUCACCCACACUGGGGAGAGAAAGUUCCAGUGCCUGGAGUGUGGGAAAAGAUUUAUCCAGAAAGGUGAUCUUGACAGACACAUCCUCACCCACACUGGGGAGAGAAAGUUCCAGUGCCUGGAGUGUGGGAAAAGAUUUAUCCAGAAGGGUUCCCUUAACACACACAUCCUCACCCACACUGGGGAGAGAAAGUUCCAGUGCCUGGAGUGUGGGAAAAGAUUUACUCGGAAGGGUUCCCUUAACAGACACAUCCUCACCCACACUGGGGAGAGAAAGUUCCAGUGCCUGGAGUGUGGGAAAAGAUUUACCCGGAAGGGUUCCCUUAACACACACAUCCUCAACCACACUGGGGAGAGAAAGUUCCAGUGCCUGGAGUGUGGGAAAAGAUUUACCCAGAAGUGUACUCUUGACAGUCACAUCCUCACCCACACUGGGGAGAGAAAGUUCCAGUGCCUGGAGUGUGGGAAAAGAUUUACCCAGAAAGGUACUCUUGACAGACACAUCCUUACCCACACUGGAAAGAAGAAGAGAAAACAGCCAAAAUCAUAGCUGUUGCAGUCCCCGGUGACUCCGGCCUCAGUAGAGCUGAAAGGCACAAAACUACAAAAUAUCACGACCUAAAAAGUGACCUGGGAACAACAUGGUCGCCGAUGGACACCGGUAUAAUACCAGUGGUGGUGUGGGCGACAGGGCUAAUGAAGAAAACCUUGAGAGCUGCCUGGAGGCAAUCCCCGGUCGCCCAAGUGCCCACGAAGUACACACAGCUGCGGUCAAGGGAACGGUCGCCACGCUGAACAGACCCCUCGGAUGCAAUGCCGGCGCUGCUGAGGGUGUGACCGCUAACACCAGGCUUGGAGCCCAUUGCACUCACCAGACAACAAAACAGGAAAGUGCAGAAAACGGGGAGAGAAUGUUCCCGUGCCUGCAGUGUGGGAAAAGAUUUACCCACAAAGGUAAUCUUAACACACACAUCCUCACCCACACUGGGGCUUGUACAAACUCAGUGCACCCUGAGUGUAGGAAGACAGAAGGAAGCAGAAACAGAAGGAUCUGCUCUGAACCACCCUGGAGAGAGAAACUGCAGCAGAGGAUCACCCAUCAAAGAGAAGAAAUCUGGCAGAUAACAAGCUUCCUGCAAGACCAAAACGACACAAGGAGCCUCCUCAAGAAAACAGACAGAAUGACAGGAAGGCGCAGCGCAAGCAACGGCCGGCCGGGCGGAAGACCGGCAGGGGCCGAGCCCCAGCCGAAGCCUUGCCACCACAAAUGAGGACAAAGACAAGAAAAUAAAGGCCAGAAAGAUGAAGAAGCAGCUUGCAGAAAAGCCAGGGGUGGUGUGCAGGCACAUGGCAAAGACCUCAACAGAAGUACAAGACACACCCGAGAAAGAAGUGGCCGAGGGAUGCUGCAGGCCACUGCUGGAAGACCCCACGCAGCAUCAGGCAGCCCCGGGGAUACAGACCACCACGGUUAAACACACAAGUAAACAACAACAAUGCCAGCUGUUCAACUUACACAGGAAGGUCUGCUGAGAAAGAGAGUGAGUCAGUGCAGCAAGUUUGAGGCUCCAGGUGUAGACAAAGCCCCAAGUUUUGGGUCAGAAAGAUUACACGAGUGCACCGUUCCGUGCACUCGUUUGUACCAGACUACAGAAAGGAAAAGAGGAGCCCCCACAAUGGCUGGCCACUGGAAACACCAGCCUGCCACCAAACGCCAGCCAGACACAGAGCCAUUCGCUGCUUGUUAACAACACGCAGGUGGCCGACAGAGACACCGGUGUGGAGUUUGGUCUGGUGGAGUGCUCCACAUGCACCGGCAGGACUGGCAAGAAGGUAGCACCAGAAACACACACACUGGUGAACAGGACUGCAUUCAACACCUUGCCAUUCAACACCUUGCUUAACACUCCACAUGCAAGUGUUUGGGAACACAAGAGAAUGCCACACUACAACACAAAAAAUGAGAAAAACAAUCAAGAAAGAAUUACCAAAACACCUUGAAAAAGAUUCGCAGGUCAGAACUAACACCAAAAAAACAAGACUACUGCCACAAACCAGCUGGCAGUACCAGUAGUGACUUGUGGGUGUGGUGUGGUGUGGUGACUGGCCACAAGACUACUGCCACAAACCAGCUGGCAGUACCAGUAGUGACUUGUGGGUGUGGUGUGGUGUGGUGACUGGCCACAAGACUACUGCCACAAACCAGCUGGCAGUACCAGUAGUGACUUGUGGGUGUGGUGUGGUGUGGUGACUGGCCAAAAGGUUUAUUCUGAAAUGUAAUCUUGACAAACAUCCUCACCCACACUGUGGUAAGGAAGUACAGGUGUGGUGUUUGUGGCAGUGUUUCUGUAGGAAGAGUGGUGUUGCCAGACACAUCCAAACACUCCUGUGGGGGUGAGGUGUUGUGGAUGUGCUGGUGGUGUGUGAGGGACUUGGAGUGACUAGUGUUUGUGUGUUGUUACUUUGUACUCAAGUGUUGGAAUAAACUUUUGUUGCUAGAA